AUGGAAGCAAUAGAAGAUGAAGCACCAGAUGAGAUGGUUGAUAAAGCUGGGCAAACUUUGAUCGUUCCUGAAGUUGGGAUGGCUUUCAAAUCAGAGGACCAAGCUUAUGAGAUGUACAAUACCUAUGCCGGUAAGGUUGGGUUCAGUGUUAGAAAGAGCCAUACAAAGCGCCGAGUAGAUGGUUCUAUUUCUCAGAAAUAUAUAGUUUGCAGUAACCAAGGAUAUCGAGAAAGUGAGUCAUCACAGGACACUAAAAGAACAGGUUGCAAUGCCCGUAUUCAUCGAGAAACUGAGUCAUCACAGGAUGCUAAAAGAACAGGUUGCAAUGCCCGUAUUCAAUUUAGUGUCAACAGAGAGGGGACAUGGAGAGUACAAAAGGUUGUACUUGAUCACAAUCAUGAUCUUGCUAGUCCAAAUAAGUCGCACAAACUGAGGUCCCAACGACGUGUUAUAGAAGCGGACAAGAGACUAAUUAGUCAGAUACGGGAAGCCGGGAUGAAGCCAGCCCAGAAGCAUUCUGAGAAGUUUCUACAUGAUUUUAAGAGAUGUGUCUAUGAAGAUAGAUCAGAGACUUUGUUCAUCAAGAUGUGGCAUGAUUUGGUGACUGAAUAUAAUCUCGAGGACAACCAAUGGAUGGCAGACCUUUAUAAUUUGAGGAAAAAGUGGGCUGCUGUGUACAAUGACUCUUUUACAGCCGAUAUGACCUUGACUCAUAGGAGCGAAGGUAUGAAAAAUGUUUUCAAGAAAAAAUUUCGUAGGAAACUCACUUUUUCGGAAUUACUUGUGGAAUAUGAGAAGGUUUCUGCUAGUCUUCGUGAAAAUGAGUUAGAUGCGGAUUUUAGUUCACGUCGAAAGAACCCAGUUAUUUACAUCCCGAAUCUACCUCUGUUGAAGACUGCAGCAAAACCAUAUACAAGGAGGGUGUAUUCAGAGUUUGAGGAAGAAUUUAAACAACAAUUUUCAUUCUCUUGUAAGCUGUUACAAGCUGAUGGGUCCAACUUGACAUAUAUGGUUAUGCAUAUGCAAUCUGUUCAUGGAGCAACGGUUGUAUUCAACAAGGAAAAUAUGACCAUUACAUGUUCCUGCAGGAAGUAUGAAUCCAUAGGUAUAUUGUGCACGCAUGCUCUAAAAGUCUUCAAUGCGAAUGAUGUUUUCGUUUUGCCAUCGCAAUACAUUCUGAACAGAUGGACAAAAUAUGCAAAAAGAGGAUUUUAUAUUGAGAAAGAAGGAACUGAGACGGAAGAUUUGAAAAUGCGAGCUGCACGUAUCUCACGAAAGGUGGCAUCCAUCGCAUUGAGGUGUUCACUGUCAAAAGUUCUUCUUGAUUAUUUGGAGAAAGCCAUAAAUAAGCUGGACUUGGAAGCAGAUAAUUCUCUAGGCAAGAUGCAAGAAAAAUCCAAUGAGGGUCCGUCUGUUUAG